UUUAAUGUUCCCAACAUGCCUGGCACACUUGCAUCUAGAAACUCUACAAUAAAUAAUGUUCCUUCUAGUGGGGUUCAACCUACUGUAAGCCUUUCUAGCGGACGUUUUGCAUCAAACAAUCUCCCUGUUGCUCUUUCUCAGAUAUCCCAUGGAAGCUCACAUGGUCAUUCAGGGGUGGCAAAUAGAGGUGGAAUGAGUGUUGUUGGUAGCCCUGGAUUUAGUAGUAGUGCAAAUGGAGUUGGUGGUUCCAUUCCUGGGAUUCUGCCAACCUCUGCAGCAAUUAGUAAUCGGAGUGCUGUUCCAGGACUAGGAGUGUCUCCAAUUUUGGGAAAUGCAGGUCCUCGGAUUACCAGCUCAAUGGGGAACAUAGUUGGUGGGUGCAACAUUGGUAGGAGCAUGAACUCUGGAGGAGGAUUAUCUGUGCCUGGUCUUGCUUCUCGCCUAAAUAUGUCUGCCAACAGUGCUUCUGGAAAUUUAAGUGUGCAAGGUCCAAACAGACUAAUGAGUGGUGUGCUUCAACAAGCUUCUCCGCAGGUGAUUUCUGUACUGGGAAAUUCCUACCAAACUGGUGGCCCACUAUCGCAAAGUCAUGUCCAAGUUGUCAAUAAUCUUAAUUCUAUGGGAAUGUUGAAUGAUGUAAAUUCCAAUGAUGGUUCUCCCUUUGAAAUAAAUGAUUUCCCUCAGCUGACCAGCCGCCCCAGUUCUGCUGGAGGUCCUCAAGGACAAUUGGGUUCGCUUCGUAAACAAGGUCUUGGUGUUAGUCCUAUUGUUCAGCAAAAUCGAGAGUUCUGCAUCCAAAAUGAAGAUUUUCCAGCUGUACCAGGAUUUAAAGGUGGCAAUGCUAAUUAUGCGAUGGACUUGCAUUAGAAAGAACAACUUCAUGACAAUACCGUGUCCAUGAUGCAGUCUCAGCACUUGCAAAUGGGGAGGUCUGCUGGAUUUAACUUGGGAGGAUCAUAUUCAUUGCAUCGUCCACAGCAGCAACAGCAACAUGCACCAUCGGUCAGUAGCAGUGGUAUCUCCUUUUCAGCCAUAAACAACCAGGAUCUUCUCCAUCUGCAUGGCUCAGAUAUGUUCCAAUUGUCUCAUUCAAACUAUCACUCGCAGACUAGUGGACCGCCUGGCAUAGGAUUAAGACCUCUGAACUCUCCGAAUACAGUUUCUGGUAUGGGGUCUUAUGACCAGCUUAUCCAACAGUAUCAGCAGCACCAGAGUCAUUCCCAGUUUCGCCUGCAGCAAAUGUCUGGUGUAAAUCAGUCAUACAGGGAUCAGGGUGUGAAGUCCAUGCAAGCUCCAUAAGCUGCGCCCGAUCCAUUUGGCUUGCUUGGUUUGUUUAGUGUAAUAAGGAUGAGUGAUCCUGAUCUGACAUCGCUUGCACUUGGAAUUGAUCUGACAACACUUGGGUUGAACUUGAACUCGACUGAAAAUCUUCACAAGACAUUUGGAUCCCCAUGGUCAGAUGAGCCUGCUAAGGGUGAUCCAGAGUUCAGUGUGCCUCAAUGCUAUUAUGCUAAACAACCGCCUAUUUUAAAUCAAUCGUAUUUUAUGAAGUUCCCAAUGGACACAUUGUUUUACAUCUUUUACAGCAUGCCAAAAGACGAAGCCCAGUUAUGUGCUGCAUAUGAACUAUACAACAGAGGUUGGUUUUAUCACAGAGAGCUUCGUCUCUGGUUUACGAGGGUUUCCAACGUGGAACCACUUGUUAAGACAAACACAUAUAAGAGAGGGUCUUAUAUCUGUUUCGACCCAAACGCAUGGGAAACAAUCCGCAAGGAUAAUUUUGUCGUUCACUAUGACAUGUUGGAAAAAAGACCAGCUCUACCCCAACAUUAACUCAUAUUUCCCAGUUUACAGUGUAAGUUUCAGUUUAGUUUCAAUGUUAGAAUCUGAGAGUCAGUUUCCCAUUUUAGUGUUCCUCCA